AUGAGUAAGACUAGAACACGCAAUUCUUAUUCAUCUGGAUAUACAAUGGUUGAUAUCCUUGGCAACGAAGAUCUAUUUCCUGAUGAAGGAUAUGAAUUUCCUCCUCAUCCACCAAAACAGUCAACAAGAGAUCGCUAUGUUUCAGUAGAUUUCCCACUUAAUACGACAAUCAACACAACAGCUAUUCUUACUCAAAAACCAUUAGAGCCACCACAGCCCUUUAUUGAUAAGCCAGUUCCAAAGGUAAAAGACCAUCGCAGGCGUCUUAUUUAUGAGACAACAAUCUCAGGUCUUAAAAAGCAGAUAGAGUACAACACACUUCUCAAGGAAUACAACCGUGAGAAGCGUGAACAAGAAAAGGAACAAGAAGCUUAUCAAUUAAAGAUCGCAAGAGAAGCUGUUCAAAAGGAAGAAGAACGUCAUCUCGGUGACAAAGCAAAGCUUCGUGAGAACUACGAGGAGCAGAUCCGUGCUCAUAAAGCAGAGCAAGAGAAGCUUCGCCAAGAAGAAUUACAAGAAGUUGAGAACAUGAAGAAGGCCAAUGAGAGCGAACGCCUCAAAGAUCUUCUCAAGGAAGAGAAAGAUAAAGCUGUACGUCAAACAUUCCGCGAAGAAUUCCUGAAAAGAAAUCAAAUGCUUCAAGAAAUGAAAGCAACACGUCAUCAACGCCAGAAAGAGGAAGAAAAGGAAAUACAGCGCCAAGCAGCAAGCAUGGCAGAGAUUGAAGAAGCCAGAGCAAAGCGCGAAGAAGAAGUCAGAUUAGAAAAAACUCGUAGACGCGCUAUUGUCGUUGAAAUGCAAGCCAAAGCACUUGCUCAGCAGAAGCAGAAGAUAGAUGACUUCCAGGAGAAGGCAGAAAGCCAAGCAGCUCUAAAUGGAGAAAAAGAACGUCAAGAAAUGGAACAAAGGAAGGUCAAACAAGCAGAAGAGAGAAAGAAAGAGUGGCAGAACCUCGCAAAAGAGAACGCUGCUAAGAAUAAACUCAAAACAAAGAGACCUUUCCCAGCAAGAAUCGAUGAUUUCGACGAAGAAAAAUUCAACGAAGAACAAGCGAAAAGAGAAAGAGAAUACUACAAGACAGUGCAGAUGAAACAAGCUGCAGAUAGAAAACAGCGCGAAAAAGAAGAAAUUGAAAUGGAUAUCGAAAUGGAAAAGAAGAAUUUAGAAAUGACUACUACGCAGUUCAACCAGAGCUUAAAGAAGCUCCAGGACAGUGUUCCUGCUGAACUCGGAAUCAAAGUUCCUCAAUACAAACCUUCACUUAAGAUUACAGGUAUGGUGUAA